AUGUUUAUCACAAACGAGCACGUUGGUGACAGAUCGCGUAUGGAAGACUGGAGAAUUCGUGGUUACGACCCGUUAACUCCUCCUGAUUUAUUACAGCAUGAAUACCCAUUAACACCUGAGUCUCUGAAAACCAUUUUAGAAGGUAGGAAUGCUGCGGUAGAUAUCUUGAAUGGAAAGGAUGACAGAUUGAUCAUAGUGAUUGGACCAUGUUCUAUUCAUGAUCCUAAGGCUGCGUUGGAAUACGCUGACAGACUUCUUAAAGAAGCCGAAAAACACAAGGAUGAACUUUUAAUUGUUAUGAGAGCAUACUUAGAGAAACCAAGAACCACUGUCGGAUGGAAGGGUUUGAUCAAUGACCCUGAUAUUAAUGGUACUUUCCACAUCAAUAAGGGUUUGAGAAUUGCUAGGAAGUUGUUCGUUGACUUGACUUCCAAGUUGCCAAUUGCUGGUGAAAUGUUGGAUACCAUCUCACCCCAAUUUUUGUCCGAUUUGUUCUCGGUAGGGGCAGUUGGUGCAAGAACCACUGAGUCUCAAUUGCAUAGGGAAUUAGCUUCAGGUUUAUCAUUCCCAGUCGGAUUCAAGAAUGGUACUGAUGGAACUCUAGGUGUCGCCAUCGAUGCCGUUCGUGCUGCUUCUCACCCACAUCACUUUUUGUCUGUGACUAAGCCCGGUGUGGUUGCAAUUGUAGGAACUGAAGGAAACAAAGACUGCUUUGUCAUACUAAGAGGUGGUAAGCAAGGUACGAAUUACGAUGAAGAUUCAGUAAAGGCAACCCAAGAAGAAUUGAAAAAGGCUAAAUUGGUAACUGAUGAAAAUAAUGGUCCAAGAAUAAUGGUUGAUUGUUCUCAUGGAAAUAGCAAUAAAGAUCAUAGAAACCAGCCUAAAGUUGCAAGAGUUGUUGCAGACCAAAUCGAAGCAGGAGACAGGUCAAUCUGUGGUUUGAUGAUCGAAAGCAACAUCAACGAAGGAAGACAAAAUGUUCCACCAGAAGAAGAGGGAGGUAAAGAUGCUUUGAAAUAUGGUGUUUCCAUUACAGACGCUUGUAUUGGCUGGGAAUCAACUGUUCAGGUGUUGGAUUUAUUAGCAAAUGCUGUCACCAAGAGAAGAAGUUUAUAA